UUGCUGAGUGUGUCGCUACAGCCAGCGGACGCGCGCAAACACACACACACAGAGGCAGCAGAACUGGGAGGAGAAAAGCAACAGCAGGCAGCGACAACUUUGAGGACUGCGAGGUUUCGUGCAGCAGCAGGUGAAGAUGAGCGACGCCACUCAGCCCAAACUUGAGCUUUUUGUGAAGGCAGGAAGUGAUGGUCAGAGCAUCGGCAACUGUCCUUUCUCUCAGCGUCUCUUCAUGGUGCUGUGGCUGAAGGGAGUCACCUUUGACGUUACCACGGUGGAUAUGAAGAGGAAGCCAGACAUCUUGAAGGACCUGGCACCGGGUGCUCAGCCACCCUUCCUGUUGUACGGCAGCGAGGUGAAAACCGACACCAACAAGAUUGAGGAGUUCCUGGAGGAGCAUCUCUGCCCUCCAAAGUAUCCCCGUCUGGCUGCUCGUAACCCAGAGUCCAACACGGCAGGCCUGGACGUCUUCUCCAAAUUCUCUGCUUACAUCAAGAACUCAAACCCUCAGGCCAAUGAAAAUCUGGAGAAAGGCCUGCUGAAGGCUCUGAAAAAGCUGGACGACUACCUCGGCUCUCCACUUCCUGACGAGAUCGACGAGAAUAGCGCUGAUGAGGUCACUUCCUCGUCCCGCCCCUUCCUGGACGGCCAAGAACUUACUCUGGCUGAUUGCAACUUGCUGCCCAAGCUCCACAUUGUGAAGGUGGUGUGUUUGAAAUACAGAAGCUUCACCAUCCCUCAGUCUCUGACAAACCUCUGGAGGUACCUGAAUGCCGCGUAUGCCAGGGAGGAGUUCUCUUCCACCUGCCCACUUGACGAGGAGAUCCAUAUCGCCUACUCCUCUGUAGCUAAAGCUCUUAAAUAGGGGUAGAAUGGGGUUACAUGUUCUGAAUAUACCAGCAGAGCAACAUAGGAAAGCACAAAAGUACACACACACACACUCAUGAACAUUCGCUCCACAAGCAGCAUGGUCGAUCUUUGUCCUUGUAAAGUAUGAGCACUGUUACACCUGCGGGGUAAUUUGUUGCGUCCUUAUACGCUGAUAUCACCUUUCACAAUCUUGGCGCUAGUUUACAUUGUUUUAUCGUUUCGGUCGAGCAAAUACAGGACCCACGUGCACAGAACGUUUUGACCUAGUUAAAGUUACUCCGCUGACCAGCUCGUCCACAUAUCACGUUCUCUUGGUUGUCGACCAUGUUGUUUGCGGGAGCACACGUCCACAUUGUCACACUCGUCCACAUUGUCACACUCGUCCGACUACAGCCUUGCUCGUGUACCGUUUCACUAUCAGCAGACACACACUGACGCUUCCCGCUCCUUUCUUCUUCCAAACAAUUGCUGCAGCAUGUUGUUGAGGUUUUGGGAGCAAUUUCAACACACACAAAGCUGCCUGAUAGAUCAAACUUUCACAUGUAACCUUGUAAGCUUCCCUCAGGCUGAUUCAAAUCUUGUUUCUCUGGUUAAGGAAGUGAAAUAUGCAUAAUAGCACCAGCUCACCUGCCAAAGAGUCUUUUGUAGUUAACCUGUGAUCGCUGAUGUAUCGCGUGGACUUUAUUUCAUUACUGAGGAAGCAGGGCCUUUUACAGUACAGAAUUAUAUAAUUUUUCUAAUUAAAAGCCAAGUUCUGUGUAAGUGUUAGUCAUUUAUUCUUUGUAUUGUACCUCAGAGAGGAAAGAGGUACAUACCGGGUUUCACCGAAGAGCUGAAAACAGUUACAGAGACAGGAAACUGUUUCAAUAGAGGCGGGCUUCCCCUUUCUGUACUCCCACAGCAGGCGUGAAGGAUUAUUUGAGAUUACUAAGCUUCCAUUUGAUCCGCUGUGAGGGCCUGUUGCCAGUAAUUUAUUCAGUGCUGCCCAUUGGGUAUUGAAGGAGGCUGUGGAUGAAGUUAUCAAACUGCCUUCUAAUGCCGCCCACUCCGUUUAAUGUAAAUCAGAGGGUGGAAAAAUGUACAGGAAAUGAUUUCUUUUUAAUAUAGAUGUGGGUCUAAUGUUUAAACAUUAAAUUCUUUUUAUUUUUAUUUAAAGACUAAGGCUGGAUUUAUUUUAUAUUUUUCCUUACUGUCAGUUAAUCCCAUGAAAACCUUUCUCAGUACUUUCUGCUUUUAAUACUUUCAAAUUUUAGUUUGUACAAAAUAUAAAAUUUGCCAUUAGCCUUCCUGCUAACAUUAUUGGUGUUGGUUAUCCAGUGUGCAAACAGUGUAAGUAUAGUCACUGUGCUAAAAAGAAACUACAGAAAUGAAACAUGUUUGUAACCACCAUGACAUCACCCAUUUGUUUGCUCAUCUUGAGGAUUCACUCGUUGUCAAGCUUUGAGAUGAGCGUUUCUUUUCUUUUUUUUUUUUUUUUUUUUUUUUGGAAGCGGAUGUGACACGUUAGGGCCAGGUCUGACUGUAAAACUUUGCAUUCAUUGGCUAAUGUCUUGUCAAUAACAUGCGAUUAGCCAAUGAACAUCCUGGAUAAAUGUUUGACCAAAAUUUGUAAAACUGAUUUAUUCAUUUAUGGUACUUUCAGCUGCUCCCAGAUGGUUCUGCGUAUUUGAUUUGCUUUUCGGUCUCCCGGUCUCAAACAGUGGCUCUUUCACAUGUGAGGUGAAUGUGUUAACCACUACAUUAUUGAGCCACACUGAUGUUUUAUUUAGAAUGACCCAAAAUUAGCUCAUCAGGAAAGUUUACAGAAGUUGGGCUGUUACCGCAUUGACUUCUGUAGAACUGGAGGUCUUUUUCAAUCAGUGGAGUUGCCCCCCUGGUGGCCAUUAAAAAGAAUGGCACUUUAAGGCUGUUUCCUGUUGGUUACACUUUCCCUGAAGCUACAUCCUUUUUUUUUUUAGUUUGUUUUAAUAUUCUGUGGUUAGUUUGAAUCUGUUGCCAUGCUACGUAACAAGCCAAACAUAUAGAGUUUCAACACAUCUGCAGUUACAAUAUAACCGGCAUGUUGUAAAUGCUCAGGAUAUAAACUUUUAUAAUCUACUGGUUUGCUUUUUUUUUUUUUUUUUUUUUUUUUUUUUUUUUUUGGAUUUGCAUUUGCCACCAAUGUACCACAUCAACUUCUGCGUUUACUGUCCAGCAUCUCCUGUGCCUACGUGGCAGAAAACAAGCAUUUUGGCAUUAUAAUUAAUUGUAGGUUAAAUUCAUUGUUGUUUUCAUGGGACUUGCUGACAGCAAAAAUAUACCUGAACCAGCCUGAUCCUUUAAAAGCCUUGUGUCCUUAGAGAUGCCCCUGCGGAUUAAUCCACUCCUGGAUAAAGUCCGCUAGUCUGAAAUUCCUGUUUAAGUGACUUGAAAUGAACUCACUGGGAGGAACUGGAACUAAUGAUAACACGCCUUGUCUGAUUGUGGAAGCAGCUUGUGUGGGAUUUUAUGAAGUUAAAGGCACAUUUAACAUUUAUAGAGGCUGCUUUCAGGGACGGGCUCUGUCAACAUGUACAUGGGUAUUUCUCUUUGGGUUUUGGACUUUUGUCCAGAUAAAAAAUGAAAACAGCACAUUUGAAAACUCUUUCCAGGGUUGAAGACUUUGAGAAGGAAAACAGAGACAAAGGUCUGCACUUUUAACUCCUUACUGUUUGCAGGCUUCUGAUUGGCCAGAAUUUUGGAUUUUCAUGUGGCUGUUUUUCAGAACAAAAGCAGAAAACUCGUGUUUUAAAAGAACAUCCAUGUACGUGUGGAUGGAGCCGUCAUUUGUGCUGUAAACAUCUUCGUUGCGUGUUGUGUGUCUCAGAUCAGGGUGAAACUCACUGACAGAAAAAAAAAAACAACCUAAGUGCAAUUUAAACAGAUUUGAGAAGACAAUCUUGUACACAGUUUGAUUUUUAUUAGAAAUACAUUGGGAGCAAAGUUGAUUAUUUUUCUACAGAGGUUGCAACCCCUCCUGGAUGAAAUGCUUGGUGUUGAUCAAUAUGAUGAUGAUGAUGCAUUUUACUUGACUGAAUCGUUGGAUUUUAUCUAUUUUUUAAAGCGGACUAAUGUUUAAAGGGAUCAAGUCUGAAUAAUUUCAGUGCUAAUAUAUUGUAGUAUUUGUUCUCUCCAUGUGUCGAAGAGUUGUUCACUUCUUACUGUAGGACUUGAUGUCAUUUCAGGGACCACUUAACAUGUUAAGUUAGACCAGUUAUUAAUCUGCAUAGUUUGUUUCUCAGUUAACUAUUUUUUAACUCUAUAAAUAUAUAUAAAUGUGUGUCAUCCAUACUGUUAUCCAUACUGUGCUUUCCACUUUGUUUCUUAACCAUCUGCGUUCCCCUACAAAUAUUUUAGCGUUUAUUGUCUUUUUUUUUCCCUCCACACUCUUUACCAUCAUGUAGUCAAAAACAGCUGCACUUCAAAGUCCACAGGAUCAAAAAUAAAUGGUGUGGACACUAAAUCAUCAGGCUUAAAUCAACAAUCGAGAGAAACUAAUAGCACAGCUGAAUUGUACUUUAAACCUCUUACAAUGUAACAUUUAUUAUGUCCCAAUAAAAUAUCUUCAUAUUAAAUCA